CAAUCACGACUAAUGCCUCUAUGAUUGAAUUAAAUAGGGAUACUCUUGUUUCUAGCUGCAUUUUCUCAUUCAUGAUGUUGCCAUCCAACAGCUGGUGCCCUUUUUCGAAUGCCUACGAGCCUUUACUUUAUCACCUGCUCAUACAUGUGGAUUUUAGAACUUGGAAAUGCAGACUUCUAACAAUAGACGACAAUGGAUAUUGCUUAUUGGAUAUGCAUGGAGAUUGUGGAAAGAAGGAAGUCCCUUGGAGUUGGCUGCUCCAAUUAUCUUGGACUCGUGCCCUGUAUCAGAAGUGAUUCGUUGCAUACAUAUAAGCCUCUUAUGCGUGCAACAGCAUGCUGAGGACAGGCCACGUAUGGCAUCUGUGGUUUUAAUGCUAGGCAGUGAAACUGCACUACUGCCUCAGCCUAAAGAACCUGGUUUUCUCAAGGAAGAAUCUUCAUCAAGCAAUCACGUUUCUUGGUCAACAAAUGAAAUUAGUGUCUCAGUGUUGGAGGCUCGUUAGAAUGAAGUGUCAUUUACGAUUAUGGCUUUUUAAGAGAUUUUUCUUCUUUUGAGAGAUUCAACUUAGCUACCAAUUGAAUUGAUAGCAAAACUUGAGGAAAGACGCAUUAGAUUUGUAAUAGCUAGUCUAUAAAAAGACAUGCCCGAUUCAAAUAGGGUUGGAAUUCACAGGAUUAAGACAUGCCCAUUUCUCUUUGAAAGAAGAAAAAUUUUUGUGUAUAAUUUUAAAUUUUAUAUUAAUAUUUAGAUUUCAUCAUAUUUUAUAUUAGACGGGUAUAUUCAAAGAUAGGUGUGGACUUGUAAUUUGUCAAGCCCCCAGCUGGCCCAGCUGAAAGAGACAGUAGCUUGAGUUUUUUUACUGGUCUUGAGGAUCCAUUUAAUAUUCACUUGUAUUAAUCAGAAUAGCAACUGUUGUUGCUGCAGAAAAAUGUUUUGCUGGGAACUCACUCCAUCAAA